UGCGGUCUGCAGCAUCACAUCUAUGCAUCAUAGCGUUUAAUGACUUUUCCCUUCAAACAUGAGGAAGCCAUAAAGGUUUAGAAAAGUGAUCUGCAAUAUGAAAAACACAUCGAACCACCACCUGCAUCUAUGUGAGGAGACGACCAGUGUCAAAAUUCCCCAGGCAGUUGCCUAUUCAUUGAUGUUUUUAUCUGGGACCGUUACUAACCUAUUUGUCAUAUACUUGGUUGUUUCGUUCAAAAAACUGAGAACAACGAGCAAUGCUUUCAUCGUCAACGGGUGUGUGGCAGACCUGCUGGUGUGCGCUUUUUGGAUGCCCCAUGAAUUAAUUUUGAUGUCAACAAACUCAUCCCUGAUAAUGGGAUACCACGUAUUUAAAGACUCGCUCCUGUUCCUUGGUAUUACAGUGUCUCUGCUUUCCCAUUCUUUAAUCGCCGUGAACCGGUAUGUUUUGAUAACCAAAGUGCCCGCCACCUAUUUGUCUGUCUACCAGAGAAGAAAUACAGAAUGGAUGAUUGCAAUUUCAUGGCUGAUGUCCUUGGUUUUCGUCUUACCUUGGCUGACAGCUCAAAGACACCCAGCAGACGGAUGCACCCUGCACAGAUUCGCGACGCUGACUGCGUUUUCCAAGCAGAGGUCCGUGCUGGCUAAUUCUUACACUUCUGGGUUCUCGGCAGUGACUAUACUGAUUCAGACUGCUAUCAUUCUUUACUGCUAUUUUAAAAUCUUUCGAAAAGUGCAGAUUAGUGUGAAAAGGAUUAGUGUUUUAAAUUUUCAAAUUGUAAACAACUUGCCCUACUCGUUUCCAAGGAAAGACAAACGUCUUGGCGUCUAUGUGUUAUCAGUGUGCUGCAUUUUUCUUCUGACAACAGAACCAAUGUUUUGGGUUUUGUUUCUCGGUCUGUUCAGAUCGGUUCCAAAAGGAGUUCAGACUGUUUCGUGGAUAGUUUUUUCCUCGCUUUUUGUUCUGAACCCUUUCAUUUACACCUGGAAGAACGAGGAGUUCAGAAAGUCGUUCAGGUCGGUCAUGAAGGGGGAGUUGUGGAGAGGACCCACAGUCGGUGUGGAGCCGGUUAUACAAACUAUUUCGCAACAAACCAGCAGACGGGCCUUCUCACCAGAAAUACAUUAAUACUCU